AGAGAGAGAGAAUGAGCAAUACUUUAGGGUGAGUUUUCUGAAACAGUGGAUUGGAAAGAAGCCUGGAAGGUUCGCACUUCAUAGGUGCAGCAGAGACUGCUAAAACGCUGUCGUUUCGAUGCUCUUCUUGUUCUCAUUAGCUUUCCCCGCGGUUUCUCAACAAUCAAAAAUACUGGACCAACUCACAACGUUACAGUGACAAAAAUGGGUUCGCAGUCAAAGCCUCUCAUACUGGAAAAGAAGCCAAAGCCGCAAGCAGUAGUUAAAGAUUGGAUCAGUGAAUUACCUGAUGCAGUUCUUUGUCACAUACUUUCCUUCCUUCCAACGAAACUUGCUGUGAGAACCAGCAUUCUGUCUACAAGAUGGAAGAACAUAUGGUGGGCUUCUGUUCUCAAUCAAGACUUCGACGACGAAUACGAUCCCUGGAUAGAGAGGGAUGACUCUUUCUCGAUGUUUGUCGAUCGUGUACUUUCCUUUCGUGACUCAGCCGACAUUCAUAAAUUUCGUCUUUGUUGUUCCGGUGUUGAGGAUUUCUCUCGUAUUGAUGGUUGGAUUCGCACUGCUAUUGACUGUAAUGCUGUUGAAUUUGAUCUUCGUGUUCACUCCGAGUCCGAUUACCAGAUUUUUGAGUUGCCUGAAAGCUUUUUCAUGUCCAAAACACUGGUGGUUUUGAAGCUAAAUUCAGAUUGUCUUAGAUAUGUUCCUCCUAAGUCAGGGUGUUUCCCAAGUCUCAAGUUCCUCCAUGUUACAGUCGAUUAUCCUGAUGAUGAAUCAAUGGAAAAGUUUUUUUCUUGCUGCCCUGUACUUGAAGAUUUGACUAUAGAUGGAGUUGUUGGACAUGAUGCAGAUGUUUACAUCUCUGCGCCUGAAUUGAAGACAUUAAGAUUAAGUUUACGUGGUGAAGAUUGUUCUCCUCAGAACAGUUUUUCUAUAAAUGCUCCAAAGCUUGAAAAACUUGAUGUCAGGGAGGGUCGUUUGUCAAAUUACAUUGUGAAGAAUGCGAAGUCCCUGGUCAAAGCCAUUGUUAAUCUCUAUUCACAUGAUUCGUGUUUACAGCUCGACUUCUCUAAGCUUUCAAGUGCGCUUCUGGCAGGAAUUUCCAAUGUUAAAUAUUUGUCUCUUUCAGCUCAUUCGUUGAAGGCUUGUAGUGUGCCUGCUUUUGAUAAUUUGAGCGAAUUGAAGCUGGUUCUUCAUAAUUGCUACGAUUGGGAAUUGCUAACAGAGCUGCUCAAGAGAUCGCCUAAUUUGGAAUAUCUUGUCUUAGAACAUAAUGAAUGUCAGGGUGCGUGUACUAUAUACUCAGAGGAUGAAGAAUACUCGGAGGAUGAAGAAUACUCAGCGGAAUACUUCAACCAUGAAUGGAAUACACCAGAGACCGUGCCUGUUUGUUUGUCCGCCCACCUCAAGAGUAUCACCAUAAGUGGAUUCAAGGGAGACUCUGAUGAGAUGGAAGCGGCGAAGUAUUUGUUAGAGAAGGGUAAAGUUCUGAAUAAGGUGACUAUUUAUGCUGGUGAUUUGCUGUGUAGAAGAGAGGAGUUAGACAAGGAACUUGAGUUGAUUCAGAGGGGUUCGAGGACUUGUCGAGUUGAAUUUUUCUGAGAUGCAAUUUCUAGCUUUUGCAACAAUUGUAUUGAAAAGUCCAAUUCUGGGUUUUAGAAGGAUUCUGUUAUCUUUUAUUUCUUUUGGACGAAAAGUAUUAUGUUAUCAAAAUUGUAAUAUUUAGUAGCCUUUUUUUUGUUGAUAUUAAGAUGAGCCUAU